AUGGUUCGCUCAGUGCGACGCCGCCCGCGCAACGAGCAACUCGUGCGUCAAGUCCAAUCGGUGAUUAUAGUGACAUAUUAUGUGACCAAUUUAGAAAUAUAUAGCGGAAAGCAGCCAAGUGGCCCAUACUCACUCAGCAACAAACCUUUUGACGUUGUAAAUCGCGUCGUCUUGCCCGUUUCUAAAAGCCAUCGUAACAUAACAUUCGACAAUUGGUUCACGAGUUAUGAAUUAGUAUCUCACCUCCUAACGGAACAUAAACUUACAGCAGUUGGAACCUUACGCAAAAACAAACGGCAGAUUCCACCUCAAUUCAUUACAACACGUGGAAAAUGUCCAGGAUCAUCUACCUUUGGACAUCAAAAGGACAUAACUCUAGUCUCCUACAUUCCAAAGAAAAAUAAAGUUGUCUUAUUGAUGUCCAGUCUACAUCAUGACGAAAAAAUUGAUGAGUCUACAGGUGACAAAAGGAAACCAGACAUCAUAUCCUUUUACAAUCACACCAAGAGUGGAGUGGAUGUAGUGGACAAUCUUUCUGCGUCAUACAACGUGAGUAGAAACACAAAACGAUGGCCAUUGACUAUCUUUUUUGCAAUGCUAAAUAUAUCGGAAAUAAACGCAAACAUAAUAUACCGGGCUAAUAAUGAUGAUACACGCAUGAAAAGAAGACAUUUCCUAAAAAAUCUGGGACUCGCCAUGGUGCAGGAACAUUUACAAGUGCGACGAGCUCGAGUGAAUUUACCACGUCAACUGCGCAAAAGAAUCGCACAAUUCACAGGUGAAACCACAGAUGAACCACCUCGAAAGAUUCUAGGCGUUCGCAAGAGAUGCCAAAUAUGUCCGUCCAAAAAAGAUAAGAAGACAAGUCAUACCUGUCAUGAAUGUCAAAUUUAUAUAUGCCCUGAUCAUUUUAUUACCUACUGCAAUAAUUGUAGUAGUUCGAUGUCAGUAAAUGAGGAAAUAGAAGACUGA